UCGUAAACUGAAAUUGGGAAUGACAUAAUGAAAACCACUAAGCCAAAUGUAUUGCUUUACAGUUUCUAGGUGGCUUUUGUUCAGCUUUAAGUUGCAGGAUGUGCAUAUCUUCUUACAUUUCCUUACCUAUUUCUAUAUUUAUUUUUAUAAUUGUAUGUUCAAUCAAUUAGUUUUUAACUUUCAUGUGGGUGUACAAGCAUAAUGAGACUAGAACAAUAGUUAACAAGCGUCUUUUGUAAAAUCCCAUAGGGAUAUAUUGUGGUACACUGUAUUGUUUCACUUUCAUAGAGGUUUCCUCUCAAGCAUUAGGUUUAGAAGAAGUGUUGGAAUCCAGGACUUCCCUGUCACACCGUAGGUCAUGCAGUAACAGCCAGUAUAAAUAUAUCUUUACUCAGCUACCUUUACUUGUUAUUAACUGCAUAAAGCACUGCUCCUGCUGUCAUCAUGGACUUCAAGUGUGCGGUCAUCGUUGGUAUUCUGCUUUCCUCCAUCCUUGUAGAAGGACAACAAAGACAGCAAAGAGAGCGAUGCUUAUGUAAGAAAUUUGCGAAGAAGCUCGAUGUAAAGAGGACAGUGAAGUUAGAGAUUUUUCCACCAAGUCCCAAAUGUGCAAGUGAAGAAUAUAUCGCUACCUUCAAACGCCCCAAAGGUAAUAAGAAAGCUGGCUCAAAAACAGAAAGAAAAUGUGUCAAUCCAGCCAUGAAACAAGUAAAAGCUAUUCUUGAUAGAAAGAUUAAGAUGAAAAUACAAGUGAUCAAGUAUCUAACACAAAAACAGUGAAGGAAAGACGCCACCAGUACCCUCUGACUCUGACAAUCAAUAAAUAUAAAUAUGCGUAGAUUUAAUACAGCACUGCUGACAAUCGUGUGGAAAGCAGUAUCUCAAAGGAAGGAACAGGCUUAUCUUGUGAUGAAGUUUUGCAGUUUUACUACUAAUAUAGUACAACGUAGAACACUUCAAUAGAAUUGAACUCAGUUAUUGAAGUAGAGAUUCUUUCAAAAACAAAAUUGCUAUACAGUAUUUUAUUUUACCCAUAUGUGCUGUAUAUUGAUUAUCUAAUUACUGCCCUACACAGCGCAGCAAUAGCUGUCGUAUUUGUUUUUUUAUUUAUUUUUUACAUAUUAAAGUGAAUUUGUUGCAAA